UAGCGGAUCAGUUAAGCUUCAGCCUGCAAACAGAGCGGUACAAGCAUUGUGCAAUUUUAAAUUAUUUAUAAAUCCAACAGAAAUGGCAGCUGCAACCAUGAGCAUGAGCAGUGGGCUGCAUAUGGAAGCCUUGGAUCGCAUUACAUCCAUACCUCUAGUAGAGUCCAGUUUUAAGCGUGUAGAAAGCAUCUAUGGGAAAGUAAAGAACAACAAUCGCCUAUUUAGCUGGUACUUUGAGACUGCCGAGUCAACUGUAGGCAUGGCCUACGAAUCCAUGCAACCGGCUGUUAGACUGUUCGAGCAGCCACUUAAACGACUGGACAAUGUGAUGUGCAAGAGUCUAGAUAUUUUAGAGCAGCGCAUACCGCUAGUCUAUCUCCCUCCAGAGAUGAUGUACUGGAACACCAAGGAAUACAUGUCUGACCAUCUGGUGCGGCCUGUUCUGAAGCGUGCUGAUUCUGUGAAGCAAAUUGGGAAUGCUGUGCUUGAAAAUCCUCUUACCACAUAUGCAGCUGAAAGAAUUGAUGGCGCUUUUACUGCUGGUGAUAAGUUUGUGGAUAAAUACCUUGUGCCGAUUCCUACAGAUCAGGAUCACACAGAUGCGCCCCAAGAUGAAGAUAAUGAGCCCGCGGGCGCAGCAGAAAAUGAGAAGGGCGCCAUUAAGGCCAUUCAUCACGGUCAACGCUUCUCCCGCAAACUCAAACGCAGGCUAACACAACGAACUCUCGCAGAGGCGCGUGCUCUUAAAAAACAAAGCAAAGAAGCCAUUCAUGUGCUUAUUUAUGCUGCUGAACUAAUCGCAACAGAUCCCAAGUUGGCCAUGCAGAAGGCCAAAGAAUUAUGGACAUAUCUAAGUGCGGAUGAGCCGGAGAAUCAAGCUAGACCCGUUACAUUGGAGCAGCUAAUCGUACUGUUGACACGCGAAUCAGCUAGACGCGUUGUGCAUUUGGUUAAUUAUAGUGCCAAUGUUGCGUCCAAUCUACCCAGGUCUUUGGCACACACUACAACAGAUGUAGUUCAUCAGAUUAUCUAUAUGAACAAUCGAAUUAUAACCAUCACUCGGUUGGAUAAGGUCAAAAACAUUUCCAAAGAGGAAGCCGAAUCACUGCUCAAACGCAUGCUGGCAUUUUAUGGUAGUCUCCAGGUCCUGACAAAUGGAUAUUUGGAACGUAUGGCUAGCUUUUUGUCGGGACGCAUUGAAGCUGAGAAGGUUUCAGGCAGUAAUAGCCACCCCGUCAGCAGAUCCUCCAGGAGGCGACAGGAUGCCGAUCAUUUCUCUCCCGCUCAGAACAAUAUAAAUGGGGCCUAUUGAGAAAUAGAAUUUUUUA